CCUGGUUGACUGUGUGUUCUGUCACUCUGUAUUUUUGUGUUUUUAUUAUGCAAAGCACUUUGAACGGCCUUGUUGCUGAAAUACUCAAAUAAGCUCGAUUGAUUGAUUGAAUGAUUGACAAUCAUAAUGCUAAUCUGAUUCCAGCCGGAGACAUUAUGAGGACCAUCUUGGUCGCUGUCCCAUUGAUGUCGGUCCUGUACUUUGCCUGUGGGCAGCAUUUGGGCCUCAGGGAAGGGAUCGUUACAUAUUAUGAAAUACAGAGACCCUGGAGCGAAGCCCAGGCCUCCUGCAGGGAGCGCCACACUGACCUGAUCACUAUCAGGACAGAAACAGACAUUCAGGCGCUGAAUGGUGUCAGGGGCUGGAUUGGACUGCACAGAGACAACAAGAGCAACUGGAUAUGGUCCAGAAGAAACGAGACAGCAAGAUUCUUCAAUUGGGACCAAAAUGAACCGUCACAAAAUGAGAACUGUGUCUAUCAGCGGCUGGUCAAUAAAAAGUGGUUAACUGUUCCGUGUGACGCAACACGUUUCUUCAUUUGUUAUGAUGACGGGCUGGUUCUGGUGAAGGAGAAUAAGACAUGGGACGAGGCGUUGGCGCACUGCAGGACCCUGAACAAAGUCAACAGCUACGACCUGGCAACCCUCAUCACCCCCGACGACCACGACUUUGCUCGAGAGACAACCCUACUGGCAACCACUGAGGAGGUGUGGACGGGCCUGCGUUACCUUGGCGAUGAGUGGUUCUGGGUGGGCGGCGAACCGGUGCAGUACCAGGACAUUCCAAGCUGUCCGGCUGAAAGAUGUGGAGUCCUGGAGAAGAACAGCAAGUCAUUAUUUGGGACCAGAGACUGCAGCCAGAGAAGGAACUUCUUCUGUUACAUAAAAUAUAAAAUCCCGUAGAAAAACUUCUGAAAAGAGACUCUUCAUUCAUCCAACUUAAACCAGCUGAAUGGAUGGAUGGCAAGAAUAAACCAUGCUAGAAGCUUUCUAUUAAAAAAACUCUAGUUGCUGUAUUAAUGUAGGUUAUCAUAUAUUCUGGAUUCUGGAUGUGAAGUUUAGGGUUUUGUUGAAAGAUGACUAUUGAGUUGAGUUGCUAUGUUUACAGCUCCAAACCCAUUCAAUGAAUUAGAACAUUACUGGAAAGUCCUUUUUUUGUUUGUUUUUCAAAAAUCUAUGUCACAAAGUGAAACACAUUAUAUAGAUUAACUACACCAAAGCCGUUAUUUCUGCUAAUUAUUAUGAUUUUCUGCUUACACUUAAAGGGGCAGUUUUAUGUAAAAUUGACUUUUUUGAGCUUGGAUGAGAACAGACUUCCCCCACUCAGCUCCUUCAGACUAGCUGCAGCAGCAAAUAGAAAACACCUGAUAGAACUGCACACCUGUUGAGCUCGUUAUGCAAGCUACUUGUCAGGAUGAGGCUGGUAAAAACAUUCUUAAAAGGUUAAUAGAGGAGCCGUGUUGUGAUAACUUCCUGAAGGCAGAGUUUCAAAAAGAGCAGGAGGUUUUAAAGAGACAGAGGCCCAAUUUCAAGAUGUUAAAUUACAAAGUCAAAUUCAUUUUUAAGUCAUAUUUGAAAUGGAAAGUAUUUUUGUACCUGAAGGCAACAUAAUUACUUGAUUGUGCUAUGAAGUGGCAGUAUGUUCCUGGAAAAUACAUAAUACUGCCCCACUGUGCUAAUAUUUUACUGCUUUUUUACUGUCAUCUGUGACUUAAAAUAUGACAUAUUUAAACUAAUUAAACUAGAACAGGUUCAUUCUCGACUGAAAAGUUUCUAUAAAACCUAACAACAAGGGUAAUACACUUUAAAAUUCUGGUUUGACUCAACAUGGACACACUCUGGUAAAAUGUUGCAAUAGAAAAUAAAUUUCAUAUAAACUUACUUUAUACACUGACUUUCUUAUAUUUUAAUUGGAUCACGUUUUAAUAUAUAAAAUUGUGUAAAGCAUUAUGUUGUUAAUGGAAUCCUCUGAAUUUUUUGUAAAUGAUUAAUAAGCUGUGGUUGACAACUUAAAAAUGUUGUGUUUUUUCUGUCCCUGAGUGACUCGUACUUCACAUCUACCAGGUUUUCCUAAUAACACUCUUCAGGGUGGAAGACUGAAGGUUUGCCAUUUUCAGAUUCAGUGAGAUGCAAACAUCAAAUGGACCACAGCAGCUGUUAAAACAGAAACUGUGUGCUAUAGAGGAAUGUCGUCUGUUGUAGACAGUUGCUGGUUUUGCCAAUCUGUCGCCAUUUUCUACUUUUACAGUUUUGAUCAAUCGUUUUUGACUUUUUGUGGUGUGAAAAGUUGUUUUUCCUCAAGACUUUGUACUUGAAAACAAAUUGUUACAAAGCAGAAAGGACAAACUGACCUGUGGUUGCUUUUAUGAAACACUGUUUAGGAUCCUACCAAAACCUACGGCCAAAUGCUGCCAUUAGCAUCCAUGAAAAAGAAGCACUAGCUUGUAUAAAAUAAAACUAGAAAACGACUAAUGGGUGACAGAGUGUUUUUUCAGAAUCUCACAAGAUUUGAGUUUUACUGAGCUAAACUCAAAGAUGUAAAAGGAAGAAACAGCGCCGAAAGCAAACUUGUGGCAUUUGGCCACAGAGAGAAACUCAAA